AUGGUGGACAGGGUGUCGCCACAGGCGCCCAGAGAGGCUGCUUCCCAGCCGUCUCCGCCUCCGCGCUUGCGCGGGCAGAGCAGGCGCGCCGGGAGGAGAGAAGGUCUCGCGAGAGCUCAGAGCUGCUUGUGUUCCCCUAGCGACCGGCCGCGGACCACAGGCGGGUCUCUCCGGGCGGAGUCCCUCAAGUGGCCUGGCCAGGGUUGGAGCGAGACCCCAGCCGCAGGCCGGGGUGCCUGCCAGGCAGAGGAGACGGAUUCAGCGGGGCUCCAGACCAAGAUUGUUGAAAACCAGACAUAUGAUGAGCGCCUAGAGAUUAACGACUCCGAAGACGUGGCAAGUAUUUAUACUCCAACCCCAAGAUACAGAGGACUUGCUCGUUCUGCCCAUCCUCCAAACAAGACUAUGGCUGAUAACAGCAGUGAUGAGUAUGAAGAGGAAAAUAACAAGGAGAAGAAGAAGACCUUGCAGCUGACGCCUCAACAAGGCUUUAGUGAAAAUGACGACGAUGAUGAUGACUCAUCAGAAACGGAUUCGGAUGAAGAUGAUGAUGAUGAAGAGCACGGAGCCCCCCUAGAAGGGUGAGGAAAGCACCUUCUUCAAAACAUGGAUUAGGA